GUUCAGCCCAUCCCCGGCAGACAUCCUUCCUGCACUCUACAAGUGUCCCGCUCUCUACUUUGAAGGCGACUCCUCCUCCACCCCGAGGUCCAGCCCCUACCUCGGAUUUUCAGCCCGCACCAACCAGAGGAGCCCCAGGCCGCCAGUAAGCCCCACCCUGAAGGCCCCACCGUUUCCCAGUCUUGCUUUGCCCUUGGCCGGGUCCCCACUGAGGAGUCCGCUGUCCCAGACAUGGCUCGCGCUGCCGGACCUGAGCGGCGGCUGCUGGCCAUCUACACUGGCGGCACCAUCGGCAUGAGGAGCGAGGGCGGCGUGCUGCUACCCGGGAGAGGCCUGGCUGCUGUCCUGAGGACGCUCCCCAUGUUCCACGAUGAAGGGUACGCCCAGGCCCACCACCUGCCCGAGGACACGCUGGUGCUGCCCCCGGCCAGUCCUGACCAGAGGAUCCUCUACACGGUGCUGGAGUGCCAGCCACUCUUCGACUCCAGUGACAUGACCAUCACUGAGUGGGUUCAGAUUGCCCAAACCAUAGAGAGACACUACACCCAGUACCAGGGCUUUGUGGUCAUCCACGGCACGGACACCAUGGCCUUCGCCGCCUCGGUGCUUUCUUUCAUGCUGGAAAACCUGCAGAAACCUGUCAUCCUCACCGGUGCCCAGGUACCUAUCCAUGCACUGUGGAACGAUGGCCGUGAGAACCUGCUGGGAGCCCUGCUCAUGGCUGGCCAAUACAUCAUUCCUGAGGUCUGCCUGUUCUUCCAGAAUCAGCUCUUUCGGGGCAAUCGGACCACCAAGGUGGAUGCCCGGAGGUUUGCGGCCUUCUGCUCCCCCAACCUCCCGCCUCUGGCCACUGUGGGUGCAGAUGUCACAAUCAACCGCGAGCUGGUACGGAAGGCCAGCCGGAAGGACCAUCUGGUGGUGCACAGCAGUAUGGAGCGUGACGUGGGUCUGCUGCGCCUUUACCCUGGGAUUCCCGCCUCCCUGGUCCGGACCUUCCUGCAGCCCCCACUGAAGGGUGUGGUCAUGGAGACCUUCGGCUCCGGGAAUGGGCCCACCAAGCCAGACCUACUGCAGGAGCUGCGGGUGGCAUCUGAACAAGGCCUGGUCAUUGUCAACUGUACCCAUUGCCUUCAGGGGGCUGUGACUUCGGACUAUGCCUCUGGCGUGGCCAUGGCAGGAGCUGGCAUUGUCUCAGGCUUCGACAUGACGUCGGAAGCUGCCCUGGCCAAACUAUCCUAUGUGCUGGGCCAGCCAGGGUUGAGCCUGGAUGACCGGAAGAAGCUGCUGGCCAAGAAUCUUCGUGGGGAGAUGACGCUGCCCGUAACCGAUGAACACCAGUCCUCGCCGCAAGAUGGCAUGUUGGGCUGCAGGGUAUCGUGGCUGCUCAGUCUGAAUGGCGGCCAGGAGGCUGAUGCCAUGCAGGAUGUCCUCAUGUCCAGCCUGGCCCUGGCUGCAGCUCACGCUGGUGACCUAGACACUCUGCAGGCCUUUGUGGAGCAGGGCCGAGACCUCAACCUGAAGGACUGUAGUGGUCAGACCCCACUGCACGUGGCCGCACGGAGGGGCCAUGCCUCGGUGGUCACUAUGCUGCUGCAGAAGGGUGUGGAUGUGAAUGCCCACAAUGAAGAUGGCCAUAGCCCACUCCUGCUGGCUGUGAGGGGCAGGCAUCGGGGCGUCAUUGGGCUGCUGAGGGCCGCUGGGGCUUGCCUGUCUCCCCAGGAGCUGGAGGACGUUGGAACAGAGCUGUGCAGGCUGGCAUCCAGGGCGGACAGCGAAGGCCUGAGGGCAUGGUGGCAGGCUGGGGCUGACCUGGAACAGCUGGACUAUGAUGGACAUUGUGCUCUGCAAGUAGCUGAAGCAGCUGGGAAUGCGGAUGUGGUGGCCCUGCUGCAGAGCCUUAAGGACAGGGUCAGUGCCCAGCCCUAGAUCCACGAAGUCCUGGGCUGGGCUGCCGUCCCCUCAGUGAGCUCCCAUUGAUCUGCAGCUGGAUCUCGGCCCCCGGUAUCCCAGAGCCGGUUCUGCAGACAGCCUGAGGAAGUGGAGGUGGACAGAUGCGUUGUCCAGAGCCUUCCGUGGGGCUCUGGAGGAGCACAAGUCUGAUGGAGAUACAAGCUGCUGGGGGCUCCAUGCAGACCUUCACCCUCCCCAGUCAGGCUGGGUGACUGGGAGGGCCUAGGCCCCCCGGUUGACAUCCAUGCCUGUCACACUAUUUGGUGGCCCUGGAGUUUUGAGACUGGCUGGACUGCCCCCAUCUCCUGGGAAUGGCUGGACUCCAUACACAGAGCACCUGGGGGCGGGGGAGGGGGAAGCUCUGCCUCCGGACACACCCUCUGUACAUGGUCCUCUGUACCUCCUCAGCAGACCUUGCUUCCGGGAAGUCCUCCUUGGCUCCCAACCUGCCGUCCUGCCGCAGCGUGAGGUGUUCCUCAGGCACAUACCAGCCGCUUCUGCUAAACUGCUUCCCGGCCUGUUGGCACGACAAAAUCUGGGGGUCUUUGUGGAGCAGAACGUCAAUAAAGUUGUGGAGGCAGCUGC